AUGAAUAAUAAAAAAUAUAAUGGUCAUAAUGUGGUGAGAUUUGUAGCACAUGACGACAACUCGCAAAAGCCAGUCUUCGGGACAGCACUGGAAGAGCACUUACGGGUGACUAAACGCGAGAUCUCUAUUGUGAUCGAGACGUGUGUCGGAUGUUUACUCAACAAUCUGUCCGAAGAGGGAUUGUUUCGCAUUCCCGGCAGUACUUCCAAAGUGCGGAAACUGAAGAACGCGUUCGACGCCGGGAUCGUCGACUUCGAGGAAUACGUUCGCGACACGCAUACAGUGGCCGGUGCUCUCAAGUCAUACCUCCGCGAACUGCCCGAACCAUUGUUCACAUAUAGUCUAUACCACGAGUGGAUCACUGCGGCCAAGAUCAGUGACACCGACGCCCGACUGCAGGCCCUGUGGAAAGUGUGCAAUAAACUGCCGAAAGCCAAUCACGACAACUUGCGAUAUAUGAUUAAAUUCUUGUCCAAAAUAUCCAAUAAUAGCGAUUCAAAUAAGAUGUCGUCGCAGAACCUGGCGAUCGCCAUCUCUCCCAGCCUUAUAUGGCCUCAACAGGACAGCCAACCAUUUGAUCUUAAUAUGACGGCCGCCUCUAAUCAUAGUCUAAUUCUGGACACAAUUAUACAAUAUUGUGACUGGUUUUUCCCCGCAGAAGUCAAUUUUGUAGCCUUUCCAGUGAGUGUCGAGAGGGUCGCCAACGGAGACCAUACUUAUAUCGGCGACCACUACACCACCAAAUCCCACCAUUCGAGCACUCGAUCCGCUAAAAAGCCAGCGCCGGCCCCACCCGUCGCCCUUCAGGGCGUCCGUCCACUCGACAGAGUGGCGCCCAUUAACGGCCUGAAGACUCACUCCAGAAAUAAUUCCGAUUCGUUAGAAAUGGUUCGCGAAAGGGAUAGGGAUUUGAUGACAACAUCGGGUGUCGACUCUAACGACGAGACAAAUUCGGUCGAUUCUGACCACAACUCGUCUGUGAUUUAUUCGACCGCAUCUCUGGACAGACCCGCGAAGAGAGCGCUUGAUUUGUCGACGCAUUCAUCGUCAGAGCGGCACCCAAUGGUCGAUAGGAAGGUCUCGACAUCUAAUUAUCAGACGCGAAACAAAGUGAUAGAAAAGCCUAACGUUCCGCCACCGUCUGUGCCCACGCGGUCCUCUCUGGAGCGGCCCCUAUCGGUCCACGAGAGGCCGUCUGUGCCUCCGCCGGAGCGACCGCAGCGUUCAUGUGAUAACAAAGUGAAACAAAGAUCUCUCGAGAAUUUGAAUAAUAGCGACUCUGAGCAGCAAAAGACUUCGACAACUGAUCCAAUGGCCACCAAAGUUGGCGAUGAAAAC